UCAAAGUUAUUAAAAAAUAGACUAAAAAUUCUAGAACUCUCGUCUAACUAGAGUGCUCAUGGAGGCAAGCUCGGCCAUGGGUGUGGUUCAUUUUUGUCCAUCAUAGAAAGGAAAUUAAAUCCAUCCAAGUCGGAUUGGCACUGCUGAGCCACCAGCCAUUUACAGAUCACCCAUUUAAAGAUCAGCCAUUUAAUUACUUUCCAAAUUCGGAGAACAAAUUAACAUGGCUCUGUAUUUUUCUAUCCAACAUGCUCAAGUUUUCCACACACGGUGCAGAUUAAAUAAAGAAAACAGAGGCAGUGCAAUUAAGAAUUUUAUCACUCAAACUGGGGUUGAAGGCCAUAGUCCCCACAUCUCCAAAGAAAAAAUUGCGUUCAAAUGUGAGAAAAUUAGUUGUAGACAUACAUUCGUGAGAGCAAUUCCAGAGCAGCAAGCAGGGUCACGAGAAGUUGAAGACUCUGAAGAAUUUUCAUCCAAACUGGUGCUUGUUGUUGGAGGCACAGGUGGAGUUGGGCAGCUUGUAGUGGCAAGAUUGCUGGACAGAGGGAUCAGAAUGCGUGUACUGAUUCGUGACCCCAAGAAAGCAGAGACUUUAUUUGGUAAACAGGAUGCAGAUAAGCUUCAGGUUUUUGUGGGUGAUACACGCCAUCCCAAGGAACUUGAUUCAUCAGUUUUUGAGGGAGUCACACAUGUUAUUUGCUGUACUGGGACAACAGCUUUUCCUUCCAGACGCUGGGAUGGUGAUAACACACCAGAAAAGACAGAUUGGGAUGGCGUUCGAAAUCUUGUGGCUGCCUCAGGUUCAUCACUGAAGAGAUUUGUCCUUGUAUCAUCUGUUGGAGUUACAAAGUUUGAUGAACUUCCAUGGAGCAUCAUGAAUCUUUUUGGAGUGCUAAAGUUCAAAAAGAUGGGAGAAGAAUUUCUUAAGAGUUCUGGGAUUCCUUUCACAAUUAUCAGGCCAGGGAGACUAACUGAUGGGCCAUACACAUCAUAUGAUCUAAAUACUUUGCUUAAAGCAACAGCAGGAACUCGCCAUGCUGUUUUGAUUGGUCAAGGUGAUAAUCUUGUUGGAGAGGCGAGCAGGCAUGAUGUAGCUGAAGCAUGCAUACAGGCAUUAGAUAUGGAAUGCGCAGUUGGCCAAAUAUAUGAAAUCAAUUCAAUUGAGGGAAAUGGACCAGGAAUGGAUCAAGAAAAAUGGGAGAAACUAUUUAAGAAUGCUAACGUUUGUUUAGAAGAGUUGAAUGUAUGAUUGCAGAAACAAAGAAGAAAAACUUAAAAUGUUGUAGAUUGACUAGUAUUUUAUCUAUAAAAAAUGGAAAUGGGAGGAUACAAAGAAUGAGAGAUUUAAACAACUUCUGAAAGCUAUGAUGAAGAUGGUAAUGGAUAGAAUGGACAAAGUAUGUGUAAAAGUAAUGGCCAUUAUUAUCAGAAGGGUGCAGAGCUUUAGUUCUGUACAUAAGACAAUAUGUUCUUAGAUUCUUCCAAUAUUCGUUAAUAAGUUGGCUAGGUGCACUAAAACAUACGGCUAGAUUUCAUAUAUAUAUAUAUAUAUCCUGCGAAGGUAGGACACUAUUGCAUCCAUGCAAUUCUACUUUUUAAUUAGUUCAACCAAUCAUUGUACAUAAUUAAAAUAUUUUAACAAAAAAAUUAUAGUUCAUGUUUAAUUUUUAUUUUAAAUGAUUAUAAAAAUGCGAUUUUUCUUUA